AUGGUCGGGCUGUUGGGCCGACCGUCGAGGUCAUACAAGGAUGUGGAGCACAAUGUCGACGGCCUCGCCCCCGCCGGCUCUCGUCCGUAUUCGGCGGGCAUCGGCGAGCCUCCGCAGCCAUCCAUCAACAAGCUCACCAAACGAGCUCCGUCUGGUGCCGGGGGACACACCGUGAAGACAUACCGGCCAUCUCUUACGGAAAUGCACUUUAAGCGCCAGCAAAUGCAUGACCCGUUCUCGACAUCUGCGUUCAACCUCGGACGGAAAAACAAGGAGCAGGCGCGGGCGGGACAGCGGGCCGAGCUGGACCACAUCCUGGAACCGGGUUACAAAUCGAGCUUCAACUAUGAUGACGAGUCGACGAGCGUCGCCGGCCCGAGUCGGUUAUCCUCGGUUCGCACCGCCGGCGGUCUCAGUGCCCUGUCGCGAAGAACAAGGGACAAGCUGAACGGCGAGGACAACAUUCACCGCUCGGGUUCGACGGCCAGCUUUGCCAACGGGAAUGCUGCCGGAGGGGCAAAGAAGUCGGGCGUGUACCUCGACGCCACCGGGCGGCUGCACGACACUGAGUACGACCCGUUCGCGGGCGUGGCCGAGCUGUCGCGACGCAGGUCGAGACGGCGGGGAGCUAUGCGGAAUCGACGCAACUCGGCGAGCUCAAGCGACACGACGUCGUCGAGUGAAGAGUCUGGCCAAGGGCGGGGCGCGCGGACACUCUCUCGAGGCUCGAUGACGGAUGAUCCAGACCGCGACCGGGAAGAGAUCCGCAGGCGGCUGGAUCAGGAGCGCCGCAAGCUCGACGAAGUCUCGGGGUAUGCGGCCGCGCGGCGCAGAAGCAUGAUGAGCGACCGAGCCAGCGGCCACUACAGUGGUAGAGGUACGCCAAGUGUACGGUCUGGCUAUGAGGACGCUGGCUCGCUGCACCCGAGCAUCGCGCCGUCAGGCAUGACGUCUAUCACGGACGGUCGCACGCCCCGGGCAAACCAGCCGUCGCCACUGUCCCCGACGCUGUCCAAGUCGAGCAAGGCGCAGAGUGCCGUGUCGGGUGGCUCGGGUGCCAGCUCGCGUGCAGCCGAGUCGCAGAAGAGCAUCGAGGACUCGCCGCGCAAGCACACGGAGACCGUCCACUCUUCAAUGCCGCGGACUCAGCGCUCGGCGUCUGACCGGACCAUCACGCAGAAGAUGAAGGAUCUGGGCCAGGCGCAGGACUCUGGAAACAUAUCCGACGACGAGGCCGAGGGCGACAACGGGUUCCAGGACGCGACCGACGAUGUGAACCACGUCGAAGAGGAGGGCGCCGUCGAGGAGGAGCAGCCGCCGCCAAGCUACGAGAGUCACCAGCCCCCGCCCCAGCCCGGACGCGAGGCGCCGCAACCCCAAGAGCCCCAGAUGGAGGAGGAGGGAAGCGAGUCCGAGUCCGGUGACGAGUCCGGGGAGGAGACCGCGUCGCCACUAGACCGGGAGCGCGACGUGCGGUUUCACGAACCGCAGAUGGAGCGCAUCACGUCGCUGCAGUCGCCUCAGCACCCGUCACAUGAGCCCAUCCGGCGAGUGCACUCGCACACUCAGACGCCCUCGCACCCAAAACACCCUCGGUCGGUGUCGUCCAAGGGCCGCCUCGAACGCCCCGCUGGCCCAGCCCGGACACAGUCGCACGACUACGAGCAGCGCCCGCUGUACGCCGAGGUCGACAUGGUGCGUGAGCUACCGCUGCUGAAGCCACGGCCUGCGAAGCAGCACUCGCAGGAGGCCGCCAUCGAGGUCAUCAAGACGUACACGCGGGAACCGAGAGAGUCGAGAGAGGCAAAGGAGCCCCCGCCAGUACCGAAGAAGGAUAAGGGCCCGACGCGGGUAACGGGCGGGUUCGAGUCGAUGCCGCUACCAAAGCAGCGCGUGACAGGGUUCGAGGCGCCGCGGCGGCCCUCAGGCGCUCCGAGCGGGCACUCUGUCGCCGCGUCUCACCUGGCCAGUUCACACCUGGCAGGACGGGCGGGGAGUAUUCGCUCCGGCGUCUCCGGUGACUCGGACGACCACGAGCGGAAACGGCGCCCAAAACCCGCCGAACGCCCGCGCGAGCAGUUGUUUCCCGAGACCCCAGCCCAGAUGAAACGGCGCGAGGAGCGGGAGCGCCGCGAGCUCCGAUCAGGCAAGACGCCAGCCGGCCGAUUGGCAGCCGACAGUGUAGCCACCUCUUCUCGGUCACGUAUCCUGCCCGAGAUUGAGAUUGUGGACGACGACGACCCGCGCAUCAUCUUCCCGACCAACGGGCCCUCGACACAGAGCAUAGCGCGAGGCCACACGUUCCGCGCCCCGUCGCUUUCGCUGUCCAACUCGCACUUCCCCGGCGACCAUAGUGGCCCCACCAGUCUGCGGUCCGACCAUCGGCUUAACGACGACACGUCCUCCCGCUCGAUAGCUUAUCACGAUAGCAGCAAGGCACCCAGCGCUAUUAUAGAGGAGAGCGGCGGCGGAUACCUCCCCUCCCGGUGGGCGAGUGGCGAUAAGGCCCUCAGGCUCACCGAGGAGGAGAAGGAGAGGUACCGGCCGCGCGAGUGGGGCGGGCGUAAGGGUGAUCUUGGUGGGAGGCCGGAUCAGUGGCACGAGCAGAACGUUCCGUACGGAGACGGCUACCUCGAUGCUCGGCCUCGCUCAGCUUCGCUCAGCACAUCGCAGUACAACCAUGGCGGCAGCGCUGACCCCAGCCCGACCGCGAAGGACGAAGUGAAGCGGGGCGUGAAAGAUCUAUCGACAAACGCCCGCUUCAGCAUGUUCCGCGCCAAGAAGAAGCUCCUCAGGAAGGCCGACUGGUAG